GAGGGAGUACGGUUUUGUGUUGAGGUGUAAAAGCGUUUUUAUCACCGUCCCACCCUCCUCGAAAAACUCACUUUCCGCGUAAAUGUAAAAACAAAGUUAAAAUCACUCACAAAAAAAGCACUUUUUGAGAGAGAGAGAGAGAGAGAGAGAGAGAGAGAGAGAGAGAGAGAGAUGCAAAGAGUGUUGAGCUUUUCUUUGUAGUUGUACUUGAAGAAGAACAAGAAGAGUUUCACUUGCCAUAAGCUUCUUCUUCUUCUUGAUCUUCUCAAACUAACUAUGAAAACUAACUCUCUACUCUUCUACACUCUCAUUCUACUUGCUUCCACUUUUUCUCUUCAUUUUCAAGCUCACGCUGCUCCUGCAGGGCCAUUGAUUAAGCAUUUAUCUUCACUUAUCAAAUGGACAAGGUCUGCUACUACUAAGUCACCACAUUCAGAUGGGAAUGUUCUUCAAUUUGAGAAUGGUUAUGUAGUUGAGACUGUUGUGGAAGGAAAUGCGAUUGGAGUUAUUCCUUAUCGGAUCCGUGUCAAUGAAGAGGAUGGUGAACUCUUUGCUGUUGAUGAAGUUAAUAGCAACAUUGUUCGAAUCACACCGCCACUGUCUCAAUAUAGUCGAGGAAGAUUGGUAGCUGGUUCAUUUCAGGGCUACACUGAUCAUGUGGAUGGAAAACCUAGUGAUGCUCGGUUUAAUCAUCCCAAAGGUAUAGCUAUGGAUGAUAAAGGGAAUGUUUAUGUUGCUGAUACGCAGAAUCUUGCCAUCAGAAAAAUCGGAGAUGCUGGUGUGACAACCAUUGCUGGAGGAAAGUCAAAUGUUGCUGGCUACAGGGAUGGGCCGAGUGAAGAUGCUAAGUUCUCAAAUGAUUUCGAUGUAGUAUAUAUUCGGCCAACAUGUUCCUUGUUAGUAAUUGAUAGAGGAAAUGCUGCUCUUCGGAAAAUUAUUCUUGACCAGGAGGACUGUGAUUACCAAUCAAGUUCAAUUUCAAGCACAGAUAUCCUUACAGUUGUUGGCGCUGUUUUGGUUGGAUAUGCUACAUGCAUGCUUCAGCAGGGAUAUGGAGCCUCUUUCUUCUCAAAAACAAGACAAUCAAGAAGAGAGUUUAAAGGCCACGUGAGCAACGAGAAACACGUGCCAAUCCCAGAGAGCGGUAAAGAGGAUCCUGGAUGGCCAUCUUUUGGGCAGCUUAUUGCCGAUCUUUCUAAGCUAUCCCUUGAAGCUUUGGCUAGUACAUUCACUCAAUUCAUACCCUCACACUUCAAAUCUAACGGCCCCAAAACAGGACUAACACCGCUGAAGGAUCGUCUUGUGAUGCCCGAAGAUGAAGUUGUGCCUCCAUUGGUCAAUAGAAAAAGCACUCCUGUUACUGUUACCGAAAAUAGGCAGAUGCCAAAGGUCCAUACUCCGACCACUGCUGAGAAAUAUUCAGAAGUAAAGCCUCCAAAGAUAAAAUCAAGCAGUUUCAAGGACCCUGCGUUGUCAAGUAAGCACCGAUCUUCAAAACGAUCCGAGUAUGCUGAAUUCUAUGGAUCUGGUGAGGUUCCAUCGUAUGCUAAAUCUAAGAGCCAAAAAGAAAGGACAAAACAUCGGCACCGAGAAAAGAGUGGAGAAGUUGUUUUUGCAAAAAAUGCAGCUGAGGCUAAACCUGUUGAGCCGAGGGCGGCUGUUGAUCACAGCAAUUCAAAAUUUGAUCGGUACAGUAUGAGGACUAGUUAUGUACCUGGAGAGUCAUUCCGAUUCAACUCUCAGUAACAAGUUUUGCAUGAUAUGUUCUUCACUGGUAUUCUGUUUUCCAAUAUAUUGAAUAUCUGCAUUUUCAUUUGUCGUACGUUUGCAUGUAAUUGUAGUUGUAGUUAUACUAUAAUCAAAUUUUAUCUGCUUAAUGUUGACCAAUGCCGAAACACUUGUGAGUUGCGAUGAAAUUAGUAUCCUUACUCACAAAGCUGAGUAUGACCACAAUGCACGGAAAAUCUCUUCCUCAACCCUGUUGCGUUCUAGGGCUUGAUUCGAACCUAUGAUAUCUGGUUAAGCUGGAAGAGACUCGAGUCAUCUCAUUCAAAUGUUCAUGGAGUCAUAGUUUCUUUUGGCGUGUGCAUCAGUCAACAUCACAGGUUUCUGUUUAUGAUGAGAAUUUUUAUGAGAUGUUUUAUAGCAGGAACUUUACUUCCAACAAGUUGUGACUAUAUGCUUUUGUAUCAACUUUGAGUUAUAGUAUUAUGAAUAUAUUAUGCAUGAGGAUAUUGACAUA